AUGGACGGACACAAGCCGGAUAACGGCGCUGCCUCGUCGCCCGGAACCUCUCUGACGGGCAAACAAGAACACUACCUCAAGCGAGAACUCAUGUCGCAACAAGUGAAAAGGGAGAUUAGCGAGCUCAACUCUCCCACGGCUCUGCAGCGCUUCGGUGCGCCCUUCCGGUCCGAGCACGGCGAAGUCUCCCCGCAAGAGUCGGAACUCCCCAUCCUCAGAUACAUCUUUGUCCACCAUGUCCGAGACUUUCCCUUCCUCGACAAGGCCAGGGAGAAGGAGUUUUGGCAGGACAAGCUCCAAGUCUUCCUCGAGUCCUUUGCCGGCAAACAAAUCUCUUCCUCCGAAGACCGCCUCGAGGAGACCAAGCGCCGCAAGCUGGCCAUCAAGGCCCAGAAGCUGGUGGAGCUGAUGAUGGUCUCGGGCAUCGGCACUUCGUCUGGCUUCGAGGAACGUAUACGUUUCUCCGAGAUCGAAAUCGUCGACAGCCAUGCCAUUGACACUGGUGUCAUGCACACGAUCCCCGAAGGAAACUACAUCAACGGCUGGGACAUCAACGUCGCCGGGUUUCUGCUCCGCAUUAAGAGGAAGGGGGAGCUGGAGCACUUUGUGGGCCGCAGGUACGGCGACUUCGCCAAGCUGCAGAAGAACCUGCGGACCGAGUUGCCCGGUAGAGUUUUGCCGCAACUGCCCAAGAAGAACAAGUCCAGCUCGACGGCGUCUGGGUUGCUGUCGGCCCUGAGCAACGGCGACGACUCUGAUGGGACUUCCAUCUCCUCUGUCUCGACCCGCCUGACUGCUCUCCCACAAGACACCGACGCCGCGUCACCGGGGCUACUGUCGCCUCGCCAAAAGCCGCACAAGAGACCGGGCUCUAUUGCUUCGGCCAGAUCGAUCCGCUCGAGAUCGCCCCGUACACCAAACGAGGACCGCAGCCCGGGGCGCUCGCGGACUCGAGAUGGAGAUGACACGGUUGUUUUGUGGCGCGAAAGCCAGCGAGUCUCUUUGCGUGCCUGGCUUCGAUCUCUGUUGCACAACCCGCAGGUGGCCAGCACCAAGGCGAUCCAAGACUUUCUGAGCGGCGACCCCAUCACGCCGACGGACGACGACGUGGAUGAUAUUGCGCGGCGAAAGGCGCUGGACGAGAAGCGCAUCGCGGAGCAAAAGAAAUUUUACGAAAUUGCCAGGCGACGCGCUGCCGACCUGGACGAGUACAUGGAACAAUUCAGACGCGACAUUGUAGAGCGCAACGGCCUGACCAUGCUGUUCAAAGAAAUCAAGGAGAAGGAGACUAUAGAAGACCUGAGCAUCCAAUACCGAAAGUUUGCCGAGUGGCUCCGGAUCGAAGUCGCCGCCGUCAUCUACCACCUGUUCCUUGCCGAGGAUAAUUCCCCGGAGAUGUUUGCGCAGGCGAAGCGUAUCCACUCGCUCAUCCCUUAUUCGGUCAUCAAGAACGUCAUCCGUAUCGCGAACCCGGCCGCCGUCAUGUCGAGCAUCCUGGACGUUUUCCUGGCACAGCCGUUUGGAACGCGGUCGCUGAUGCAGCGCAUAUUCUCGCUGACGCUAAACGACGGCAUCAAGAGCUUCCAGAGGUCAAUCGACGCCCUGACGAUCAAGAUUGGCGACCCCGUGUUUGCGGAGAAGCUACAAAAAUACACCAACGCGGAGGAGCACGUAAAGGUGGCCAUUCGCGACGAGGCCGAGAGCGAGAACAUUGAUAUUAUCGUGGCGAUUCUGCGGUCGGAUCAGCUGGAACCGGAACUGACGGGAGAGCAGAUCCAGCGGCUGUUCAAUGCCUAUGUGGCGUUCAACAAUGCGCUGCUGAAGCUGUGCACCCGACAACGCGACAAGGCGAUGAUGCUGCAUCUGAUUGAAGAGCCCGUUACGCUGCAGUUGUUCCGCGACUUGUUCACCAUUUUCUACGAGCCGCUGGUCAGGGUUUACAAGUCGGCAAACGUCUACAACAGCGUCACCGACUUUGCCGUAUUCAUCGAUGACAUGAUUCAGGUUGUCGACAAAUGCCGGGAACAAGAUGCCUCGGCCGACCCCAACCAGACGGUACAGGCGUUCAUCGACUUGUGCCAGAGACACGAGCACAACUUUUACAAAUUCGUGCACGAGGUGCACACUCACGACAAUGGGCUCUUCACCCAGCUCAUGGGGUGGAUUGAAGGCAUCCUCGAGUUCCUGCGCAAGGGACCCAAAAACGGAACGCUCAACGUUAAUGCCCUCUUCGAGGGAGGCGUGAGCGGCAGCACGCUGGACAAGGAGGAGGCCACCAAGGAGGUUGACGCUCUCAUCGCGUGGCAAGAGGCACGGAAAAAGUGGCACAACGACAAGACACGGCAGAAGAUGGCGGCAGAGGGACAACCGGGAAGCAGCAUGGCCGGGCUCGGCUUGAGUUUCAACACGUCCGAUUUUGGCCUGGAUGGACAGGAUCUCCAGGAGAUGGCGUACGACGACGGGUCGGAGUCCGAGGAGGAGGCGGAAAAGGAAGACGAGCUGGACCCGAUAGAGGCCGAACGGCGGAGGCGGGCCAAGCAGCAGGAUCGCCUCCGACGGUCAGCGGGAGAGCCGGUCAAGCCGGAUGUUUCCGAGGUGCACAAGCUCAAGGACAACUUUUUGGUUAUGCUGCGACAGGUCUUGGCAGAUUAG